UUUGAAGCCUGAAGACAAGGGUCUGUCAUUGUUGAUAUUUGGGCAUCUUGUUUAGCAGAUCACAAUGAUUCUUUCAUCAGACUAACACCUUUGUUAGUUCAUCUCAGCAUGAACAUUAUCACAUUUCACACACAGUCUUUGCUCAGCCAAUGACAAAGCAUUCAGUUUGGGCAACACCCUGUCAAAUAUCAGACUAACUCUGUGUCAGGGGUCAUCUCUGUCUUUAGAGGUUAAUAAAUGUGCACUUGCUGGGCUCUCAUGCUGAUAUCUUGGUCUAAAGAUGGACGGUGAAACAGAAUAUAACUAACGGCACAUCAGCGCAGUGGUCUGUAGGCAUGCUGCACCUUGAGAACCAAGGCAGGCUUCUUCCUUCCAGUAGCGUUAUGCUACAGCGUCUAAACAGACCUGCCUGAGUAUGCCUGGCAUUAUCUGUGGUAGCUGGGAAAUGAUCAGCAAUAUCAACUUUGAUGGGUACAUGAUAGCACUGGGAGUAGGAGCCCUCAUGCGAAAGCUUGCCCUACAGCUGAAGCACAGGAAGGUGGUGGAGCAGGAGGGGGACGUCUACGUGGUGAAGACCCUCAGCACCUUCAGGAACUACACCCUCUCCUUCAGGCUGGACGAGGAGUUUCCGGAGUUCACCAAGGGUCUGGAUGAGAGGCACUGCAAGUCACUGGUGUCCUGGGAGGGGAGCAGGCUGGUGUGCGUGCAGCAGGGGGAGAAGAAGGACCGCGGCUGGGCUCACUGGAUAGAGGACAACCUGCUUCACCUGGAGCUGUACUGUGAAGGACAAGUAUGCAAGCAAGUUUUCAAAAAGAACGUUUGAAGACAAGAAGAUGGCUGCCAUUUCUUAAGGAGGAAUUUUUUUAAAAAAAUUUUAAAAAUCAGAAGGCUCCACACUUCGGAACGAAGUACGGGAAGGAUGGAGAAGAGUAUAAUGUUUUUCACACAUUGCUCAACACCGUUUGAGUUUAAGAACAACAUUCUUGCUGCAUUCCCUGUGUGGCCUGCACAGAUACAUUCUUCAGAAACAAUCCUAGGGCUAGCAUGCCUUACAUGGAUGUGUCUCUAAGGAUCAGAUAGUUGAGUGUUUAAAUGAGUGUUAUGUAACAACGUAUACCACUAGAGGGCACUCUUAGAACACAAAAAAUAGAGAUUACAGAAGGCCCCCCCUCAUUUGUGAUUAACCUUAAAGGUUAUAAAAUGUAAGGUAUUUUUCCAUUGUAAAUGCAAAAGCCUGUAUUUUGAUUGUUUUCAAUAAUUUAAACAAUGGUGCUAUAGAUGAAGUAAAAAUUUGAGCAGUAGGCAAACCCUUAUUGAAAAGAGUCUAAUGACAAUGUUGUAUAAGAAUGACUUGGAAUCCAGGGUUAUCAGAUUUUGGUUCGGUAUGUAUUUUUUUAAUGCUUAUGGUUACUCACAAAAGUGAUACAUCAGUGCUGUAUUUGCAUCCAUCAAGUAGAAUCUGCAGGAAAACAUGAACAGUUGAAAGAAGUAUUCUCAUAAAAUUAAAACUGGGGGAUAAUACCUGUAACCCACUAGAGUAAUUCUUAUGUAUUCAGCUACUGUUUGUGGAAAUUUUAACGUUUUUAUUAAUUUUGUGAGUUCCUAAAAACAUUAAUUUUAUGACUUGUCCUAUCAUGUGAUAUGACUUAAAAGGGGACACAAACAUGAAAAGAAAUCCAAAUGGUAGCUUUACCAUGAUAUAAUGAACUACAUGAGACAU